AUGUCGGGAGACGUACAACCCAGGAAGAGAAAAGACAAGAAAAAAAGAAAAGAAGAUGGAGAUCUAAUUCCAGAAAAACCGCAUGUUCCUGUUUUCACUAAUAAUACAGUCGUCAACGAAGACCUAAAGAUUCACGUCCACAAGGAGGAAGGUACAGGGGGAGGAAUAUGUGCAAAACUUGUAUUUUUUAUUUUGUUUUCGGCGCUAGCUGUACUUAUCGGUCUUAUUAUAACUGAACAUAGAGGACUCACUGAUCUUGACACGACAGAUUCGAAUUCUAAGUUUUCCCAGAUAUUUGAAGGAUGGGUCGAUACUAACAGUCAUGAUGAUCACGACGAUCACGCUAUAGAAUCAAUUGAGGAUGAUGAUCACGAUGAAGAUCAUGACGAACACGACGAGGAAGAUGAAGAUGAACAUGAUGAUGACGAUGACGGACACGAUGAAGGAUCAGAAGAAGUAGAGGAAAGUGAAGAAGAAGAUCACGAAGAACAUAUUGAGGAUGAAGACGAACAGAAUGAAGAUGAUGUAGAUCAAGAUGAUGAAGUAGAUGAUAAUGAUGAUGAUGAACAAAGCAAUUACGAAGAAGAUGAAGAAGAAAAUGAAGAUAUUGCUUCCAAAGAAGAUGAAUAUAUUUUAAAUGAAGAUGAUGAUCAAGAUCAUGAAGAAGAUGAUGAUCAAGCAGAAACUGAGGAAGUAGAUGAUGGUGACACUGAGGAAGUUAACCAAAGGGAUCAAGAAGAUGAAGAAGAUGAAGACGAGGAGGAUGAUAUUAAAGCUAGUCGAGAGAAAAGAGACAUUUCUGAGGAGAAGUUAAGUAAUGAUGCCGAUGAUGAUGACGAGGGAGCUGAUAAUGAUGACGAUGAUAACAAUGAUGACGAAGUUCAGGAUCUCGAUGAUAAAGAUGGUGACGGAGAAGAUCAAGAGGAUGAAGAUCAAGCUAGUAAUGAAAACGACGACACCGCUGAUAUAGAUGAAGCAAAAGAAACUGAACAAGAUGAAGAUGCUGGAACUGAUGAUAACGUUGACGCUGCUGAGAGUACCAAAGAAGUGAAGAAACCGAAAAAAGCAGAGCAAAAGCAGAAAGCAGAAGCUGAAGGAGAAGAAAAAGACAGCGAAGGCGCAUUGGACAGUUCUGGCAUGGCCGUGAAAAUUGGUGUUGGGGUAGCUCUUCUUGUGGUCGCACACCUCGUAUUGAUUAAAAAAUGGAGAAACGCUGAGGAUGAAAUCCUGCCAGCUGAAAAGGCUCCUCCAAUCAUACAAGACAGAAGGAACACUAUAAUCGUCCCUCCGGCUUUCAAAGAAGUAGAACCAGAUAUAGAACACGUUGAAGAAGACUUUUCCGACGAAGACGACGACGAAGAAGAUGGAGAGGAAACAGUAGAGCCCAACACCGCUAAAGCUAAAUAUCAAGAACUAGCAACCGCAUAUACCCGGCCUAUUAGUAAUGAGCUUGAAAGUACUAAUAGAGAAAUCGAGUAUGAAGACGACGAAGAUGAACAGGAGGAAGAAGAACUUGAAAAUGAAGAAGUGUCGGAAGAGGAGGAGGGAGACGAACGAGAUGAAGGACAGGAAUAUGAAGAUGAUGAUAUCGAAGAUGAAGUUGACGAUGAAGACGAAGAGCUGCUUAAGCGUUUGGAAGCUCGUUACGGAAAACUCCAAGAGAAUAUUGAUAAGAAAUUUCCUGAAAAGCCAGAGUCUGACUCUGACAGAGAUUCAGAAGAUAAUGACUAUGAGUAUACCAACAUUACUAAUAAAGAAGACUCUAAGAUAAAAAAAGACAUUGAUGAAGCUCACAGUUCCAUUAAAAAUAAUACUUCACAUGCUCUUGCACUCUUUGACAAAAUCCUGCAAAAAUCCCCGUCCUCGCCCAGAGCUUUAUAUGGAAAAGCACUAACAUUGGAUCUACUAGCUGACCAAAGGAGAAGCAACGAAAUAUUGGAGAAAGCUCUUCAGUUGUACAUAACCUUGUUAAAAACGGAUUCAGUGCCAGUAGCCCUCUUUCUUGAAGCAUCCGAAAGAUGUAUCAACAGAAUGAGAUUCUUAGGUCAGUACAGAAAUGCUAUUCAAAUACACAAGUUGAUUAUAGAUAAAUUUCCAAAUACUCCUCAACAUUUAAAUAAUUUAGCUGUUACAUAUUUAACUAUUAAUAGGAUUGAAGAAGCGCGAAGUGUUUUAAAGGAAGUGUUGGCAAAAUGGCCCAAUAACGGUUUUGCCUUGGUACAUUAUGGUUUUAUUUUGAAAACUACAGAUAAUGCACUAGAGAAAGCCGUACGGUAUCUGAAAAAGGGAAUUAAUACGAAAGAUGAAGGAGUUAUAGAUGGUAGAUUUUAUUUUCAUCUAGGUGACGCUCUCGUUCGUUUAGGAAGACGGGAGGAAGCCGACAAGGUAUACGAAGAAGGCACAAACAACAAAGUGUUUUUUUCAAAAUAUCAAAGAUCUCUAUACAACGUUCCUAAACUAUCUGGUAAACCAUGGUGGAACCCUGAAGACAUUCCAUACCCAAAAUUCUUCAAUUUGUUACUUCAGUCAUGGCGAAAGAUACGAGAAGAAGGUCUAUCCAUUUUAAGUGAAAAAGGUUAUUUCCAAGACGAGUCGGAAAACCUGAGAGAUACUGGUGAAUGGAAACAAUUUGAGUUAUAUGCAAGAGGACAGAAAAAUGUAAACAAUUGCAAAAAAUGUCCGUUUACUUGUAGUAUUAUCAAUCAAAUUCCAGAAGCAAAAAAUUGUAAAAGAGGGCAAACAAAGUUUAGUGUAAUGCAUCCUGGUACUCACAUUUGGCCCCAUUGUGGGCCUACCAAUUGUAGACUUAGAGCACAUUUAGGCCUAAAAGUUCCAAGUAAUACUUUCCUGAGAGUUGCAGAUGAUAUAAGAAGUUGGAAAGAAGGUGAAAUAUUUGUCUUUGACGACAGCUUUGAACACGAAGUGUGGCAUAAUGGAACGGAUUUUAGAUUAAUUUUAAUAGUCGAUAUUUGGCAUCCAGAACUAACACCGUCCGAGAAACAUAGUCUUUCGCCGAUUUAA